AAAAGGAUUGUUUUUUCUCUAUCAGGUGAAUUCCAAAGCACAAGUUAGUAUUUACUACAGCUGUAAAAAGGGAAGGCAGAAGCUUAUACUGCUUCUGUCUGCUUAACAGCUGCCUCAAUGUCUUCUACAUGAGCACUUUGACCCCAGGUGACACCUACACAACAGUGUGACUUUUGGAAUUUGCAAAACUGCUGAUGGUGUUUGAAGUCGGGAUACGCUUGUGAUUGAACUGUUAUUUCUCCUGUGGAUUUGUUUAUGGAAUUAACAAGGACCUCAGUUAGGGUGACAUUUUUCUUCAGGUGGCUACAGACAAGGUAGCAGGCAAACUGAGUUCGACUCUUUCAUGGGUGAAGAACUCAGUGUCGCUCACGGUGAGUCAGAUGGCUAGUCAGGUGGCCACGCCCUCUUCGCUGCACACCACUGUAGCUUCAUCCACUGCCUCGCUGUCCUCGCCCUCCUCAGCCUCCCCGACCCAGCUCAGCCCAGAUGAUGUGGAGCUGUUGGCCAAACUAGAGGAGCAGAACAGGCUGUUGGAGACGGACAGUAAGUCUUUACGCUCUGUGAAUGGCUCUCGAAGGAACAGUGGCUCCUCACUGGUGUCUAGUUCAUCAGCCUCCUCCAACUUGUCACAUUUGGAGGAGGAUACGUGGAUCCUGUGGGGACGCAUCGUCAAUGAGUGGGAAGAUGUGUGGAAGAAGAAGGAAAAGCAACUAAAGGAGCUGGUUAGGAAAGGCAUUCCACAUCACUUCCGAGCAAUAGUGUGGCAGCUGUUGUGCAAUGCCCAGACUCUAACCAUAAAGGAGCAGUAUUCUGAGCUGCUGAAGAUGACCUCGCCUUGUGAAAAACUCAUCCGCAGGGACAUUGCUCGUACCUACCCCGAGCACGAGUUCUUUAAGGAGGACAGUCUGGGUCAGGAGGUGCUCUUUAAUGUUAUGAAGGCUUAUUCUCUGGUUGAUAGAGAGGUGGGCUACUGUCAGGGAAGUGCUUUCAUUGUCGGCCUUCUUCUAAUGCAGAUGCCAGAAGAAGAGGCUUUCUGUGUGUUUGUGAAACUGAUGCAGGAUUACAGGCUGAGAGAGCUCUUUAAGCCCAGUAUGGCUGAACUUGGCCUCUGCAUGUAUCAGUUCGAAUUUAUGAUUCAGGAGCAGCUCCCAGAGCUUCAUGUGCACUUCCAGUCCCAGAGUUUCCACACCUCCAUGUAUGCUUCAUCUUGGUUCCUCACCAUCUUUCUUACCUCUUUUCCUCUUCCUGUCGCCACCAGGAUCUUUGAUAUAUUCAUGUGUGAGGGUUUAGAGAUAGUGUUUCGUGUGGGGAUGGCCAUCCUGCAGAUGAAUCAGACUGAGCUCAUGCAGUUGGACAUGGAGGGAAUGUUGCAGCACUUUCAGAGGGUCAUCCCACACCAGCUGGAUAGUGGACCAGACAAAGUCAUCCAGGCUGCUAAUCAAGUCAAGUACAAUGCGAAGAAAAUGAAAAAAUUGGAAAAGGAGUACACUACAAUCAAAACCAAGGAGAUGGAGGAACAGGUGGAGAUCAAGAGACUGCGCACAGAGAACAGACUCCUGAAGCAGCGAAUAGACACUCUUGAGAAAGAAAGUGCUUCUUUGGCAGAUAGAUUGAUACAGGGUCAGGUGACACGAGCCCAAGAGGCAGAGGAGAACUACCUGGUCAAACGGGAGCUGGCCACGGUCAAACAACACAAUGAGGAGACCAGCGCACUGCUGGAGCAAGCGCAAAACAACAUCCGACAGCUCCAGCAGCAGCCGUUUGCGAAGGGGAACCCACGCUACUCUGAGGAGUUCAUCCUGCAGCUGGAGAGGGAACUGGUCCAGGCCCGCUUCAAAGAGGCUGAGUCUCAGUGUGCUUUGAAAGAGAUGCAGGACAAGAUUCUCGACAUGGAGAAGAGAAAUGCAUCCCUGCCAGAUGAGAAUAAUGUGGUGCGUCUACAGGAGGAGCUGAUUGGUGUAAAGUUGAGGGAGGCAGAGGCUCUAACAGGCCUCAAAGAGCUUAGACAGCAGGUCAGAGACCUGGAGGAGCACUGGCAGAGGCAUCUUGCGCGCACGGCGGGCCGCUGGAAAGACAGUCCGAGGAAGAAUGCAGCGAGCGAGCUUCAAGAUGAGCUGAUGAGCGUGAGGCUCAGAGAGACAGAGGCACAGGCUGAGCUCCGAGAAAUCAGACAGAGGAUACUGGAACAGGAGACCCAGAAUCAGAUACAUGGUAAUCAACAGCGGCGUGCAGAACUAGAGGCACGAAAUCUACAGGAGCGACUGCAGGUUUUGACCAACCAGAACAAGAUGUUGCAUGCUGAGCUGCAGGAGACAAAACGGAAACAGGCUGAAAUAGAGUGCAAGAAUAAAGAAGAGGUGAUGGCAGUGAGAUUGAGAGAAGCUGAUAAUAUUGCUGCCAUGGCUGAGCUUCAGCAGCAGAUCUCUGAGCUUGAGAUUCAGAAAGAAGAAGGAAAGGUCCAAGGUCAGCUCAACAACACAGACUCCAGCCAGUACAUCCGAGACCUCAAGGAUCAGAUAACAGAUCUCAAACAUGAGAUCCGGUGUUUAAGAGGGCAGCAGGGCUUACACGAGCAACCCAGUUUUGAUGGGAUUCAUAUAGUCAAUCACUAUGGAGGGGACAAUGAAUCCUACCAGUCCUCUGAUGAAGACGGAGUGAAGCUGUCGCCCCAGCUGAGCAGACAUCAGGUUAGAGGCCAGAUCACACUACAUCCAAACCUGGAGGACUCAGAAAGUGAGGGUGAUGAGGAAGGAGAUGCCCUACGACUUAGUGUGCCUUCAAAUGUCAGCCAUAAGACAACAACAGUGUGAUCAUCAGGAUUGGUCAGACAAACUGCCUUCAAAGUUCUGGGAAGGAGAGCAUGUUUGUAAGCUCAUCCUUUAAAUCUGCCUGCGGCGUUGAGCAUGGGACUCAAACUGGAGAACUUGAAAAGCCUUAUAGAGUCAUAUCUUUCUUGAGGUCAUGUUUUACAUCUGAAUUUGUUUUGUUUUUGCCAAAAUGCGUCAGAUGUAUGUCCUGGCACUAGUUUUUAAUUUUAGCCUCAAUAAGGACGACUAAUGGGCCACUUUAGGCUCUUUGAGACCCUUGUAAUAAAAAUCAACAUUUUGUGGCACAAGAUUCCCAAA